UUGGAGGUGAGUCUUAUUCCUGUUUGCUCAGCUCCCCGCGGACAACAUGGCGAACUGAACGCUCCGCACCUGCGCUUUUCUCAGCUCUGUCUUUUCACUUGGACUCACUUGUAGCCUAAUGUACAGUUCCUAAUUAAGAAUCAAACCGAUUCGAGUCGAUUUCCGGCGUGUGUUUUGAGGUUGGACCGGAGUAUCGAUGAAACCCUUGGCGGAACCAUGUAACGAGCAUCAGAAGAGAAGCGGUGAGAAGAGCCCCGGGGAGAUGAUGGCGAGUGAAGCGGUACCUGCUGGAAGCGCAGGAGAGGGUCAGACCCAGAUGAAUGGGUUCUCUGUGCCUCACAGUGUGAUCAGUCCUGUUUCACAGUCCCACACUGCAUCUAGCCCAUCCUCGCCUGACCAUCAACCACCGGCCAACCUUCCCAGAGGGCAGUGGGGCGGCAAGUAUGAGUUUCUGCUCUCCUGCAUCGGCUACUGCGUUGGCCUGGGAAACGUCUGGAGAUUCCCUUACCUUUGCUACCGGAAUGGUGGAGGUGUGUUUCUCAUCCCUUACUUCAUCAUGCUCUUCUUCACGGGCAUGCCCCUCUUCCUCAUGGAGCUCAGCCUGGGUCAGUAUGGAGCCGCAGGCCCCAUCACUGUCUGGAAGUGCUGCCCGCUGCUCAAAGGGAUUGGUAUCGGGAUGCUGUGUGUGUCCACACUGGUGUGUCUCUACUACAAUGUCAUCAUUGCUUGGACGUUUUAUUACCUGGGAAGUUCUUUCCAGAGCCCGCUACCAUGGUCCUGUAAUGCUAUUGCUAAUGCUGCGCUGUGUAGGAACAGCACCAAUGUCACACAUUCCCUUAGUGCACCUGAGGUCUUCUGGAAUGAACGUGUCCUGGGUGUGGUCAACAGUCAGGGCUUGGAUGACCCCGGGCCGGUGAGGUGGCCACUUGCUCUGUGUUUGCUUGCCGCCUGGAUCAUCAUUUUCCUCUGCAUGCUGAAAGGCAUUCACAGCUCUGGCAAGGUGGUGUAUGUGACGGCCACGUUCCCCUACUUUGUGCUGAUCGUUCUGAUCAUCAGAGGGGCCACUUUAGAAGGCUCAAUCCAAGGUGUAGCCUUUUAUCUCACUCCAGUCUGGGAGCGGCUGGCUAACGCACAGGUGUGGAAUGAUGCAGCCUCACAGAUCUUCUACUCACUAGGCAUUGGAGUAGGAGGCCUCCUUUCUAUGGCUUCCUACAAUAAAUUUGACAAUAAUGUCAUCAGGGACACCCUAGUCAUCACCAUAGGCAACUGUGCCACCAGCUUCUUUGCAGGCUUUGCUAUUUUUUCCAUCCUGGGUCACAUGGCCUGGAGGAAGGGCGUGCCUGUGGAACAAGUUGCAGAUUCAGGUCCAGGCUUGGCAUUUGUAGCUUAUCCAGAAGCCCUAGCUCUUCUGCCUGGUUCAGUUUUCUGGGCCAUUCUGUUUUUCCUCAUGCUCUUUAUGCUAGGAGUGGACACACUGUUUGGUAAUAUGGAAGGCAUUACCACAGCAGUACUGGAUGAGUUUCCUCAGCUCAGAGCCAAUAUGAAGCAGAAGACCAUUUUCUUGGCCCUGCUCUGCUUCGGCUUCUACCUGAUGGGCCUGUUACUGGUCACUGAUGGAGGAAUUUACUGGUUCACCCUCAUAGACUCAUUCAGCACCAGUUUUGGUCUCAUCAUCAUCACUCUGUUCAUGUGCCUGGGCAUCUCAUUCUUCUAUGGUGUGAACCAGUUCUGCCAGGACAUAGUGGACAUGAUCUGUCCCUGCCCGUCUUGGUGCAUCAAACUGCUGCUCUACUUCAAAGCAUGCUGGGUAUUCUGCACACCCUUCCUGUUACUGUUCAUCCUGACCUACAUCUUCAUUGAGAUGUACAGAACGUCCCUGCAUUACGGCUCGUAUCAGUACCCCACGUGGGGUAAAGGGCUGGGGGUAUGCAUGGGCAUCUUCUGCUGCCUGCAGAUCCCCAUCUGGGCCAUCGUGGCUGUCUGGAAGGAGUCUGGCACCAUGAUGGAACGCUUCCAGAAAGCCAUCAGACCGCUGAACUCCUGGCGAGACAACAACCAGAGCAAUGGCACUCAGGAGCAGAACGCAGAGCCUGAGAGAGUGGAGGGACCCUACACCGUCAACCUGACCGAUAUGGACUUCACUGCGAUGGCCUGGGACGCGAGUGACGCCUAACACUGCCCCAGUGUGAGGAGGCUGAACUGCUCCUUUCUGUUAAAGAGGAGGAAUGUUGAGGCCUUAUUUAUGGACAUGGGAGGAAGCUCACUCUGUGUGGGGACCAAAAAUGUGUACUCAAUAUAAAAUGCACUAUAUGUUGUGUAGUGCAUUGACAGUGCCUAUUUCCUUAAAGGAACUCGACAAAACUGGAAAUAUUUUGUUUUUGGUGAGAAUUUUCUGAAAAGGCAUGAGAAAUGCUUUCACCCAUGGUCACUGUCCAGAAAGCAGUAAGCUCUUCCCCAAUGGGGAUUUUUUUAAUAAUGACAAAUGACGCACGUUAAAUUUCCUCCAACACAUCAGGCAGUUUUUAUGAUCAUUUUAUUAAAAUAUUUGGCCUCUAAACUAAUGGCCUCGACCUGCCAUUGAGAAUUGAGUUUGAAUCCCACCACUAGGCCUGAAGUCCAAAGGAACAUAAUUGACCAUGCUGUCUGGGUGGGAUAGAGGAUCUUACCCUAUGUUCACAUUAGAAUGUUGCUUGUGUCACUUGUAGUUUGUCUCUUGUAGCGAGCGCCUUUGGACAUGCACUGUCCAGUGGUAUUUCUCAGACGACAAACAGUAAUAGCCAAAAUGCAUAAUCUACAGCCCACUAUAUGAUUUAAACUCAUCACUUUCUCUUUUGAUGUAUGUUAGGUGCUACACUUCGUACUAGCUUGCUAACUGUACAAGGAAGUAAAAGGAAAUGAAUCUGAGUGUGGAACUGAAGAAAUGUUGGACCACAUGCACCAUAGUCUUGGUCCAAGGAAUCAUUUGAGACAGUUUUUUUUUUUUUUUAAGAUUUGUAGCUUCAUUGUGUCAUACCUAAUUUACACAGAAUUUACAAAAUAUUAGUGGUCUCGCAGUCACUUUGUUGCCUGCCACUGUAGCUGGAAUUGUGUCUCAAAAAUGGUCGCUUUGUUACUUUAGUGUGAACGUAGGGUUAUUUCCCUUUUCCUGUGGUGAACAGAGCAACGCUAAUUAACCAUGAGCUACGGUCUGCACACGUACACAGUGUGUUCAGCUUCCCUGCGAUGAUGUGGCUGGAGAAAUGAAAAUGCACAAAGGAAGCAUGUGUUAAUCUUCCCCGGACUGGUAGCCAUCAUGCAGUAGGUGCAGAACCUGAGAAUGUGGUGGGAAAUUGCAACAAUGGGGAAAAUGAUUCAUUAAUUUAUAAGGAAAUAAAUAUUGCUUAAAGACAAAUAAUUGGCAAUGUCAUACAGUAUAACAGCAGUAUUUAUCGCCAAAAGAGCAUUACAGCUUCAUCAAUAUCUCUAGCUGGCUCAAAGAAUUAGAACUUAUAGAAGGGAAAAACAAACUUUAAUAGUAUUUUAAUUAAACCUCAAACAAAAUAUAGAGAUUUUAGUGGAUUUUUUUUUUUUUUUUUUACAUUAUCCAACUAGUAUAACCAAAAGUAUGCCUUUUAUGAUUUUUGGACAUUUCAGCUAGUGUCAUGUCUGUUAUUUCUAUUUAAAAACUUAAAUAACAUUGAAUAAAAUUGUAUUAAAAAUACUUACAAAAAAACCCAUUGUAUAGGAAACACCACUAUGUUGAGUACAAAGCCUUGAAAUUCACUUUUUUGAAAGGCCUUUUCAUCUUAUAAUAAUGUGUUAAACAUCGUCUUCCUCUGAGCUUAAGGAGAUACAUUGAUUAUAUUAGCAGUAUUUAUUUUAUGUCAGUAUUUUUAACUGUCUACCUCAGUGAGUGCUCAGAGCAUAAACACUGAAUUUUAAACGAA